AUGGCGAAUUCAGAUCCUACACAGAAUUCGUCAAGCCAUUAUUAUCUUCAUCCAAAUGAAAAUCCUGCAGUUGUCUUGGUUACACCUGUUCUUAAUGGCACCAACUAUCAUUCUUGGGCAUGCGCCAUGAAAAUGGCUUUACUUUCCAAGAACAAGCUGAAAUUUGUUGAUGGAACACUCCGAGCACCUUUGACUACUGAUCCAAUGUUUUUAGCUUGGGAAGGAUGUAAUACAAUGGUAAUUUGUUGGCUUAAUCAUUCUCUUGCACCUUCAAUAACUAGUACCAUGUUGUGGAUUGAUAAAACAUAUGAAGUUUGGGAAGAUCUUAGGAAAAGGUUUUCACAGGGAGAUAUUUUCAGAAUUUCAGAUCUCCAAGAAGAGAUCUAUACUUUCAAACAAGAAGAUCGAAAUGUAACAAAUUACUUUACUGAGCUUAAAAUUCUCUGGGAUGAGUUACUAAAUCUUAGGCCAAUUCCUUGCUGUUCUUGCACGAAUCUGUGUUCUUGUGGUGCUUUAACUAAGAUCAAGACUUAUCAAAGCAAUGAUUAUGUGAUCAGAUUUCUCAAGGGCUUGGGUGAUCAAUUUGCCAUAGUAAGAUCCCAAAUUAUGCUCAUGGAACCAUUUCCUUCCAUAAACAAGGUAUUUUCUUUGGUUGUGCAACAAGAGAGACAAAUGGUCUCAGGUGCAUCCAAAGUGUUUGUAAGCAAGACUACACGAGAAGAAGUGCAGAGUUCCUCUAAGCAACGAAUCAAAAAAUCAAAUCAAUCACAGCACAAUGGGGAUAAUAGGUUCUGUACAUUUUGUGGCAAACUAAGACAUACAAUCGAGACAUGCUAUAAAAAGCAUGGUUAUCCAUCUGGGUACAAGCCAAGAAAUCAAAACUAUACUGCUCAUAAUGUCAUUUCUGGAGAGGAUACUGAAAGACCUGAUGAAUCUUAUCAAAAUACUGCCACGCCAGAAGGGAUUCUUGAACCUGGUGAUUCUUUUACUCAAGAGCAAUAUCAAUAA